AUUUCCUCGCCGUGUACAGUGACUUUGCCCAAAACGUGCUGUGGUUGGGCCUGCCUCCCUUCCUUGGCCCGGUACGACGCUGCCGAGCUGGACAGCGCAAUUCAUUUUUCGAGGGCUGUGCGGAGUGGCGGGUAAAGAAUUGCUUCUGCAGACGCCCGCGCCUGGGGAAGGAUAUGCAUCCGAGAAUGCGAGGCCCCAGGAUUAGCAUAACGUGCCUGUUAUAUCCGUUGCCCACAAUCCCAUAUAAACCCCAUCCAGGGGUGGCCAAUUGCUGGGUAGAUUCCGACCGGUCUCCUUCACUCAGUUCCGACAUAUCGAUUAUCACCUUCGCCUCGUUUUCCGCAAUGUUGGUCAGUUUUGCUCUGGCAGCCAUCGCAAGAGCCUUGGGCGAGACCCCCGAGCAGGACAAACCGAAGCCGACGGUAGCUAUCACGUCCACUCCUCGACUGACCCGCACCAUCCAACGUUUCGAAUCGCUGUGUAGGGAUUGGGCAGAGUGUCUGAGAGUUCAAUAUUACAACGUCGAGGACCCUGAGCUCGACAAGCUCUUUGCCAGGACAGCUCGGGUCAUGUCCGGCUCGUCAAUCAUCUUCUCCGACAUAAAGAUGAAGACGAGGAGGGGCAGGGUGGAAAUAUCAAGCGGGGCCCUCGUCAAGAUAUUGAGGAAUACACGAAAGGCCAUCGUCUCAAGCCAAAGAAUCACCCACACCAAAGAACUCCAGACAUGGGUUCUUCCAACAAAGCCUCCGCCGGGAACUCCCCCGUCGGACCCAGCCUUCCAGGAAUAUCAACGUAGGAAGCGGAUCAACGACAAAGCCCGCCUCCUGGUCGAGCGAAGGAAAAGGCCGGUGCAGUGUUGCAUGUUUAUCGCGCUGGCUCUGUUCCAGUUUCUCUACCCGGACGAAGUGCAUGACUUUGUCGCCGAGUACGAAGACGAGAUCGUUCAUGAGACAUUCGACCGAACCCUUUCAGUCGAUGACGCGAAGACAUACGAACGAUUGCAAUUGAAACACCACUGUCGAGCACGACUUACACCGCCACAAGGCAAGAUGCCCAGGCGCGGGGUUCCAUACGGAGAGCUUGCAUGCAUCCCUCGCUUUGUGCGAAACCCAAUGGCUUGCGGGGCGCCCAUUGUGACCAACCAGUACCGCGUCAAGAGUAAUGCCCCCUUUCUCCGCAUGUUGCAUGGCAUGACUGACAUAAGAAUUCUGCAGAAGCUGAGAGGGAGUACAUCAAUCUAAACCGAAAUAACAGGCCGCAGCACCUUGGCGUUGCAACGCCCACAACCCGCAACCUUUCGGGCGAUGAGUCGGUGAGCAGUUAGGGCCUCAACUGUGAGGCAGCGAUGACUGCAUUGACGGCCCCGGCCAGGUUGCCCUGAAGGAUCGGUGAGAAAACUACAAGAGGAUGAAGAGAUACGGCGGAACGCGGCCCAAUUUGAGGUUGGGCCGUCUUGCUUUUGCAUGUAACAUGGGAAUUACCAGCGAUCCGUGGAGUAACGUAGUUCUCCCAGCGAUCAGGGGGAAGAGAAGAGGCGUCAAGGAAGUUAUACAUGCAUGCGGGUAAACAGAAUAGAAGUUAUCAAUUUAAUGACAUAUGCA